AAAGACAUUUCGUUCCUCACUUCAUCUUUCGGUCACGUCCACAAAAUACUUUGACCAUGUCUGUCUUGCGUCUGCUCUCGUCUGCAGCUCGACGUGCUCCAUCAACGUUUGCCCAGCAACGACGAGGAUAUGCUGAAGUAGCUGAUAAAAUCAGCCUUUCCCUGGUCCUUCCUCACCAGGCUAUCUUCACCUCCAAAGAUGUUGUCCAGGUGAAUGUUGCCGCUGCGACCGGUGACAUGGGUAUCCUCGCAAACCAUGUUCCCUCCAUCGAGGCCCUGCGUCCCGGUAUGAUUGAGGUUAUUGAGUCAGGAAACGCUUCCAAGAAGUGGUUUGCGUCCGGGGGCUUCGCAACUGUACAUCCCGGUAACAAACUGACCAUAAACGUCAUAGAGGCUGCGCCUCUCGAGUCAUUCUCUUCUGAGGCUGUUCGUGCAAACUUGCAAGAGGCGCUGAAAGUUGCUGCUGGGAACGGAUCCGAGGAGGACAAAAUGGAAGCACGGAUAGAGGCUGAUGUGUAUGAGGCUCUACAACAUGCUUUGGGGUCGAAGUAAAUAUGAUUGUGAUUCCAGUCACCGAGCAUUCGACCGUUAGAGUAUUACUUAUUCCAUUGCUUUUCGGUGUUCCGUGAGCCUCACUUCAUGUGUCGCGACUUCUUUGAUCAGGCCUGAAAGUCCGGGUAUUGCCGUGACUCUUCUA